CUCCCAGGGGAGAGAGCGGGAGAGAGCCUGAGGGGCUGAUGGGAACUGGCAGAGGCAGCAGCAGAAUCCUGCUCUGUGACCUGGCCUGGCGGUUCAUCUGUCAGAACUUCUACCUCUGGUCUCCGUGGGCUGGCUGAGUGAUGGCUUGUGCGUGGCCUGGAAGGGGGUCAGUUGGGCAAUGACUUCAUAAAUGAAGGCGGAGUCCCGAGGGGUGCCCAGCCCUUUCCUCAGAAUGCCUUUCCCAGCUCUCACUUCUCUCCCCCUAGUGCUCUUUCCCUGGGAGGGCUGCAUUUCCUCCUGGCCUCUCUGUCUUUGGAGGAAUCUUCAUGCUUCCUCCCUUCUGCCGUGAGCAUGAGUGGGAGAGGAAGAGGUAGCCCCCCAGGGCUUAUUUAGGCUCCUGGGGCCAGGAAAGGGGAGGAGUCCUUUAGUGGAGGAACUCUGAUCUUUGAGGUUCUGACCGCUCAGUGUGAGCUGUGGCAGUGUUAUGUGCUAUUCCUAGGACAGGUGCAAAGUCCCAGGUAGAUGGGAGGAGCUGCCUCAGGCAGGCUGGGCUUCUCUCUGGCUCUGGGCCAGCGUCACAGUGUGUUUGGAGUGGGUGUUGGGAAGAGUGCAGGGUCUUUGCCCACGUCUGCUGAGUGAGGCCCACACAGUGCUGGGAGGAGCAGUACACCUCCCUGGGCCCAGUCCUGGGGGUGGGGGUGCCCUGGGAGCUUCCAUGGACCUGCAGGAGUAUAGUCAGGGUGAGGGGCUGGGGCACAUCAACAACAACCAGCGUUCAAAUCCUGCUCUGCCACUUACUAGACUUGUGGCCUUGCCAAGUUACUUCUCUGAGCUUCAGUUUCUUCCUCUGUUGCAGAAGGAUAAUAGGCAUUAGGGCUGUUGUCGGAUUAGCACAACACCUGGUAUAGUAAAUACUGAACACGUGAUAGCCACAUUAGUAUCAUUACUGUCGUUAACUACCACCAUAAUUUCUUUAAUGUUGUUUUGGAACUGAGGGAUAAGGGGGCCAGGAGACGGGCAGGCUCGCUCCGGUGGUUUAUCUCUGAGGACUGAGGGGUGGGGGCCAGAGGCCUCUCUCUGGAGAAGGAGGUGGGUGGAGAGGACAGGUGGAGGUGUCUCCCUGAGAGGGCUAUGUGGGAGCAUGUGUGGGGAGGAAGGCUGAGUCCUCCUUGCUGGCCAGCCUGUUCCCCACGGAUGUUGGCUGCUGUAGCUCUGUCUUCAGCCUUGCCCACCGCAGCAUGGCAGCAUGGUAGCUGUUUCCAGCUCUAUCUCUCUCUUCAUACCCCUGACACGACCAUAGCCGUUGCCUGCUGGCACUUGGAUUGCAUGGUCCAGUAUGCCUCCUGCACCAUUCUCUGGCCCCAAACUCACCUAGAAUACAUACCAGUUCCCUUCUUAGGGCUUCCUGAGACACGGUGGCCAGGACCUGUGCAGAGCUCUUACAGAGGGGAUUCUCACAACCUCCAUUCCUUGUGAGCAGCUGAGUUGGUCCAGGCUCAAUGUCCAGCCUAUUUGAGGAAAUCACGAGUUGUGGUCCAAGAGACGGAGCUGGAGGGGAUAUGAUUGCUGUCAGAAGCAUCCUUGACUCUGACAGAUUUCACUGCUUCUCUCCGGUGAGUGGGAGGAGAAAUUUCCGGAGAUGCCAGUACCACAGGACAGACCUCACCCUAGAGGACAUAGUGGAGAGAGAGGAGGGUGAAGUGCUGUUUGAUAAGCUGGAUUCUGGGCUCCAAGGCCAAAAGGCUGAGUUCCAAGUUCUGGAUGUGGUAGACUCAAAAGGAAUGUUGACAGUGAAAUUAUCGAAAGAAAUAAUAAUUGCAGCGACCUUCCACAGAUCCCACAAGCAGAGAAUCAAGACAUUGGAGACCUGGACCCAGCAGUAUCUGGAUUCCCUUGAGAACAGUGAGUUGAAGAGAAAACUACCUACUUUGUUGCAAUCAAUCUGGGAAAUGAGAGCAGACCUCUAUCUGGUGACAGAGACUCUGGAGACAGCAAGGAAGGAAACCCUGAAAACUGAAUGGCAGUGUAUGUUGUGGAGUUGGAUGGGAGGCAGGGUCUGUGAGAGAACCAGCCUUGGCCCACCCAUGGUAAGUCAGGUGGAUACCAGCCCAGAUGUCAGGCUCUUCAGCUCUCCUUCCAGACCUCCCAAUCUAGAACAAAGAGUAAGGGACCCAGGAAAGAAUUGGAGCAGAGAGAGGGAGGAACCAGCAGGAGGGGCAGUUACCGUACUGAAGACAGUCUGCUAUAGUGGGACUGGCACUCAUCUCCCCCAUCUCCUGGCCUCGGUGUCUGAGGCCCUGAUCUCUGGUGACCUGGAGGGUCCAGCAGAUCCUCUUGUAAGUAGCCUUUUUAAUGCUUUUUAAUGCUGCUUGGAUCUUGGUAAAAACACAUACAGAAUCAUUCUGAAUGUCCUGGAUGCCUUGAUUGAGAUAUCUUAGGAGCAGCAUCUUGUGGCUGAGGCCCUGGAAAAGGGGAUUCUGUCCCUGUUGAAAGACCAGAUAAAGUCUGUCCUGGAGCAGAACUGGGGUGAGCAGCCCCACGAUGUGGGCUGUGACCCUGAUGCAAGAUUUCUCUGUGCCCUCCGUGUUGCUGUCUCCGUCCUGCUGCAGCUGGGUGAGAAGCCUAUCUUAGUGUCUUCCUAACUAUGUUAGCUCUUGAACCAUCUGGAUGCUCCCCUCCCAGACCAUCCUCUCCCCCUGCACCCCCAAUCACUAGAACAAUGUCUUUAUAACAAACAGCUGACUUUUCUUUGAUAGAUCCCAUUCCCUUCAUGAUAAUGCCCCCAAAUCAGCCUACAUUAUAUGCAUGGACUUUUCUAAGA